AUGUCAGACCUUUUUGUUCAACUUACUGCUCCAAACGGCUGCACAUGGAUGCAGCCAACGGGUCUUUUCAUCAACAAUGAAUGGGUCAAGUCGUCCAGCGGCCAUAAGAUCGCCAGUAUCAAUCCUGCAAACUCAGAAGAAAUAAUUUCUGUCUAUGGAGCUACCUCAGAGGAUGUUGACAAAGCUGUCAAGGCCGCUAGGGCUGCCCUGACAGACCCUGCCUGGAGGGAUCUCUCCGGAUUGGAUCGAGGGAAACUGAUGAGUCGACUGGCGAAGCUCAUCGAGGAUAACCGGGAGACACUUGCUACGAUUGAUACCAUUGAUAACGGGAAGCCGUAUACGGUCGCCUUGAACGAAGAUCUUACCGAGACAGCCGAGACCAUACGAUACUAUUCCGGUUUCGCAGAUAAAGUCUUCGGCCAGGUGAUUCCAACAAAUGCAGACAAAUUUGCAUACACCGUGCGAGAGCCGGUUGGUGUUUGUGGCCAGAUCAUCCCAUGGAACUACCCCCUUGCUAUGGCAGCGUGGAAACUAGGGCCUGCAUUGGCGUGUGGCAACACCGUCGUCUUGAAGCCCGCCGAGCAGACGCCUCUCUCUGCUCUUUUCCUGGCCAACCUGAUUGUGGAAGCUGGGUUUCCACCCGGGGUAGUAAACAUUGUCAACGGAUACGGAUCAAUCGCGGGUGCCGCGCUUGCGUCUCACAUGGACGUCGAUAAAAUCGCUUUCACUGGAAGCACCGACACUGCGAGGCAUAUCAUGAAAAUGGCAAGUGGGAAUCUGAAGAAUAUCACCAUGGAGACUGGAGGUAAAAGCCCUCUGAUCGUGUUCAACGACGCAGAUCUAACGGAGGCCGUGAAAUGGGCUCAUUGGGGCAUCAUGUCCAACCAAGGACAGGUAUGCACGGCUACAUCUCGGAUCUUGGUCCAAAACGACAUAUACGACCAAUUUCUGAGGGCGUUUGAGGCCCAGGUGAAGAGCGUCUCCAAGGUCGGUGAUCCUUUUGACGCUAGUACCUUCCAAGGCCCUCAGGUGACCCGAGCUCAAUAUGACCGCGUCAUGUCCUAUGUUCGCAUAGGACAAGCAGAGAAAGCCACCCUGCUAUGCGGUGGCAAACCAGUCAGGGAUAUUGGGAAUGGGAAAGGCUUCUACAUUGAGCCCACAGUUUUCACGGACGUCUCCCCCGAGAUGCGCAUCUACAGAGAAGAGAUCUUUGGUCCCGUUGCGGUAAUUGCUCGCUUCGCCACCGAUGAGGAGGCAAUCAAGAUGGCGAAUGACAGUACUUAUGGACUAGGAGGUGCUAUCUUCACGACAAAUCUGACGCGUGCCCAUAAAGUUGCGGGUAGAGUUGAGGCUGGUACGGUGUGGAUCAAUUUCAGUAAUGUUGGGGAUUGGCGUGUCCCAUUUGGCGGCGUUAAGCAGAGCGGUAUUGGUCGUGAACUGGGACAGGCUGGUCUCGAUGAAUAUACGAACAUUAAGGCUGUUCAUGUCAAUAUCCAGUCUAAGCUUUGA